GGAGGGUUCGCGGCUCGAGUGUCAGCGUUCCGUCCGCCCAGAGAAAUACCACCAGCACUCUUCUCUCCCGCAGUCUCUGAUUCUGUGGUUCGUUUUUCCGACCGCUAACGAAGAUGGCCACAGAGCAGAAAAACGCCGCUAAGGGCGAGGCGGGGGCGGCAUCGGCGGUGGCACAAGCAUCCAACACCGUCGAAUUCGACGAUUUGCUGCCCCACCUGGGCGAGUUCGGACGCUACCAGAAGCUGCUCUUCCUGCUGCUCGCACCCUUCAUGUUUUUCGUCGCGUUCGUCUACUUCAGCCAGAUUUUCAUCACGCUCACACCCGACCACUGGUGCCACAUACCCGAAUUGGAAUUCCUCACCCCUGAAGAAAGAAUACGUCUUGCGAUUCCUGUCAACCCAAACUCGACGACGGGCUACGACAUGUGCCGAAUGUACAACGUGAACUUCACGAAAGUGCGCCUCGAGCAGGGCCUAAUCCAGGCCGAUCCAUCGUGGCCUGUGGUCAACUGCCGCAACGGAUGGGAGUACAACUACACCGAAAUCCCCUACUCAACGGUCACCUCUGAGUUGAACUGGGUUUGCGACAACGACAGCCUGGCGACCUGGGCUCAGGCCAUCUUCUUCAUGGGUGCCAUUGUGGGCGGCCUGCUGUUCGGCUGGAUGGCCGACAAAUACGGCCGAAUCCCGGUGCUGGUCGCCACCAACGUGAUCGGCUUCGCCGCCGGAAUUGCCACGCCGCUCAGCUCCACCUUCUGGGAGUUCGCCCUCUGCAGAUUCCUUGUCGGCAUGGCCUACGAUAACUGCUUCACCAUGAUGUACAUCCUUGUUUUGGAGUAUGUGGGACCGAGCUGGAGAACGUUCGUGGCCAACAUGUCCAUCGCCAUCUACUUCACGCUGGCUACAGUUCUGUUGCCUUGGAUGGCCUAUUUCAUCCGCGACUGGAAGCUUUUCUGCCUCGCCACCUCCAUGCCUCUUUUGCUCGCGGUGCUCACGCCCUGGAUUGUGCCUGAGAGCGCAAGGUGGUUGGUGUCGCAAGGAAAAAUCGACCGUGCCGUGACCAUCCUGAAAAAAUUCGAACGCAUCAACAAGAAGAAAGUCGAUCCGCAACUCUACGCUGACUUCAGAGAAAGCUGUGCGAUAGCCCAGAAGGAGGAGGACGCGAACAAGAGCUACUCGGUGCUGGACCUGUUCAGGACCCCGCGGCUGCGCCGCAUUACUCUCCUGCUGAUUGCCAUUUGGAUGAUCACAUCGCUGGUGUAUGACGGGCACGUGCGAAGCGUCGGUGCCCUCGGCCUCAAUGUGUUCGUCACCUUCACGAUCGCAUGCUCCACCGAGUUCCCCGCCGACACUCUGCUGAUCGUGUUCUUGGACCGAUGGGGCCGCCGCUGGCUCGCCUGCGGCACCCUCGCCCUCAGCGGCAUUUUCAGCCUCCUCUCCACCAUGGCACCAGCAGGAGCCGCCUCAGCUGCAUUGGCCAUCAUGGGCCGCUUCAGCGUCAACAUUUCCUACAAUAUUGGACUUCAAUACGCCGCCGAGUUGCUGCCGACCGUCGUCAGGGCCCAGGGCGUCGCCCUCAUUCACAUUAUGGGAUACGUGGCGAGCAUCUUGUCACCGUUCGUCGUGUACCUGGGCAACUUGAGUCCGGCGCUUCCGUUCCUUGUGCUGGGUGGCAUGGCCAUCGUGGGCGGCUUCCUCGCGCUCUUCCUGCCCGAGACGCUGAACCACGAGCUGCCACUGACGCUGCAGGACGGAGAGGACUUCGGCAAGGACCAGAAGUUCCUCGAGUUCCCGUGCUGCGGCCGCGGCAAGAAUUACUCGGACGAGGUGCACACGAUGGCCGUGGUCGGCCGCAGCACCUUCUACAGGGCCGACGCCGACAGGGCGUCGAACCGAGCUUCGAUGCGAGCGUCCAUCCGCGGCGAGGCAUUCCGCUCCAGCAUGAUCCAGCGGGCGUCGAUGCGCCACCGCAACUCCCAGCGAAUGUCCAAGGACGCCGAGGCCGCCCCCGAGCACGCCGCCCCCACCAAGUUCCUCGCGCCGCCAGAGCUCGGCCAGGUCGAGAAACAGCGCUACUAGACUGCAAAAAACUCUCAAAAAGCAUAGUUCCAUCCAGAAUUCGGCCAAAGGGUCGUAUAGCAGGGUUAUUUUAUUAUUAUUUUUUAAAUCAAAAAUCAAAUUAACCAAAAAUUUAAAUGAAUAGCAGUUGAAUUUUAAUUUUUGGUCUUAAAAUUGGUUUAAAACAUAAAAUUUUGAUUUUAGCACGUUUAAUAGCUGAGAAAAAACCCUGCUUGUAGCCAUUUUUUCUGGUUCUGUGCCUGAUUCUGAAGCUCUAGUCAUCGCGUAAGUUUCUCGCCUGUGUCUUGUCUCUGGCCGUCGUUAGUCCGCGGCUGCGUAUUUAUUUUUGAACAAAAUAAUUUUUGUUACCGCACAUGCACACAUACCCCUGCACAGAAAAGCGAUUGGAAAGGGCACUUCAGGUGCAGCUUUUACGCCAAUCUCGAAUGAUGCAAGUACAUCAAAGCGUACAAAUUAAUAGUUUCUCUGUAGACGCGUAGAUUGUUAAAUGAAUUAGGUUUAUGAAUGCUAUUGCUUGAUGAGCAUUUAAAUCGCAACGAUUGAUUAAAAAUAUUGACUUGCAGGGCCCUGCAAAUAACUAUAUUGCAUUUUUAAUAAAAUAUUGAUAGAAAUAAAAA